UCUUUGUACUUGUUUUGGAACUCAUCAUUUUGUGUUUUGUGUUUACUCUCUUUUCCAUGCGUGUCGUGUGUAUAUAAGUUAAACUCACAUGCUUAAGAAAAGCAUCUCAUGCAUCCUCUCAACAAAAGAAGAUGGAGCUUAUAAAAAUAAUCACUUUUCUAAACCUUUUCUUCUCUUCUCUACAACCAACUUUUUCUUCUUUACAAACUCAAUCACAUACAACAAUUCAGCAUCAAGGAAUAUUAAAUGCACACCGGAAGCUUUAUCUACCAAUAAUACUGCAUAGAAAGCCAACAUUCACCGAAAAGGUUAAAGAAUCUGAUGAAGCUAUAGAUCUUGUAUCACACAAGAAGGAAGAUUCGCUUCCUACAGGGAAAGAAAAGAAGAAAAAGCAAAAGAUGGCGGUAGGCAGGAAAGGAACAAGACAAGAGUGGAUGGAGUCAGAAGAUCCAUCAGAAUACUUUACUAUGGAUUACAACCGUGUUAAAAGACGCCGUCCAAUACACAACAAGUAAUUGUCGGUUGCUCCAUAAACCUAUAACAACUCUUUAAGGUUACAGUUUUGCUAAAUCUGUGUAAUAUUACGAUUUUUGUUUUUUUACUUAAAGGUGCUUUCAUGUUUGGUGACAAAGAAUUCUUUUAUUUUUUUCCUUUGUAAAACAACUGGCGCCUUUGAAGUUGCCUUAAUUUGUGGGUCUUGUCGUAAGAACAAUUUUGAUUAGAGUUUUGGUUU